UAAUUUCUUGUUCGUCAAAAUAAACAAUAUCUUUAUCAGUUCCAAUAUACUGGAAUUUAUAAACCAGGACUUAGACCAAGGCAUAUAUGGCAAAUGUUGUGUUUAUAUUUGAAUUCCUAACAAUGUGUGGCAUUUUUUCUCACCAUCACUGCAAUGUAACAAAGCAAUCAGAUGUUAUUGAAAUAUAUUUCUCCCUUUUAUUUCAUGUAUUUCAUUUGACCAUUUACAGCAGCUUCGUCAACUAAGAUGCAAAUGUCGUGUACAUUUAAUUGACUGUCGAUCUGCUGGGUGGAUCACGCUGCAGACUUUCUGUUAUCUGUAUGUAGUAAGUGAACGCUUGCAGACUCAGAGUCUUCACUCCGACACAAUGCCUCCAAAAACACUCCUUUGCGUCAUACCGACGCUGGUAGUGACGGAGUGCUCUGCCACACUACACUCCUCCUAUCUUACCUUUGCUCCACAGUCUUCUUCAACUCUCUCAUCAGGACCACAUGGAUGUGAUGCUCUGACCCACGCUCUCCCUCUCUCUCUCUCUCUCUCUCUCUCUCUCUCUGUCACAUACGCACACACACAAGGCAGUGCAACAACAACUUCUCUGACCAGCCAGCACUCAGAUUCUGGACUGUUCUGGACCUCUAACAGUAGUUAUUAUUUUUUGUUAUUUUUUCCAGGGCGUUCUGUUUUGUUCUUUUCAUUUUUCUUUUUUUUUUUUAAAGUAACCAAAACCCAGCAGUCUGUCCUGUGCUGCGUUUCCCAUAUGUCGCGAAAGCAUGACUAUAACCUCCGAAGUAUGAGCAACAUGAUGGGCGAGCGCUGGAGGAAAGCGGGCGACGCAGGUGAGCGGAGCCUCAUCAAGGCACCGUCCAGCGCCAGCAUCAGCAGCCAGGGCGCCACCGCCUCCUCCGGAGCUUCCACCGCCGGAGCAGCACUAACACCACCACCGGUGGCAGCAGCAGCAACAGCAGCAGCAACAGCCGGCGCGGCUUCCUCCUCCUCCUCCUCCACCACCGGCGAUCUAGAGAGAGCAGCCCGCAAGCAGUUCCAGCAGGAUGUCACACCCGGCUUCGUCUAUGUCCUGGCCGUUUUCUCCGCCCUGGGGGGCUUCCUGUUCGGUUACGACACCGGGGUGAUCUCCGGGGCGAUGCUCCUGCUGCAGGGGGAGCUGCUCCAGCAGGAGCUGCUCAUCUCUUGUACUGUAACCGCGGCCGCACUCUCUGCGCUGUUGGGCGCCUUCCUCAACGGGCUUUUCGGGCGCAGGGUGUGCAUCCUGCUGGCCAGCUUCUUCUUCGCCGUCGGAGGGAUCGUGCUGAGCAGUGCCCCCGGCAAAGAGGUGCUUUUGGCGGGGAGGCUUAUCGUUGGAGUUGGGCUAGGUAUCGCCUCUAUGACAGUUCCGGUGUACAUCGCUGAAUCCUCUCCGCCCCACCUGAGGGGUCAGCUGGUGACCGUCAACACGCUCUUCAUCACUGGAGGACAGUUCACGGCCAGCCUCAUCGACGGCGCCUUCAGCUACUUACAGCAGAAUGGAUGGAGGUACAUGUUCGGUCUCUCUGUGAUUCCUGCGCUGCUACAGUUCCUGGGAUUCCUGUUCCUGCCUGAGAGUCCCCGCUGGUUAAUCCAGCGGGGACUGACCCAAAAGGCCCGUCGUGUGCUCAGUCAGAUCAGAGGGAACCAGAACAUUGACGAAGAGUACGACAGCAUCAAGAACAGCAUUGAGGAAGAGGAGAAGGACAGUGGAGGAGACGGCCCAGUCAUCUGGCGGAUGCUGACCUAUCCUCCGACCCGACGGGCCCUCCUGGUGGGCUGCAGCCUACAGAUGUUCCAGCAGCUUUCAGGGAUCAACAUCGUCAUGUACUACAGCGCCACCAUUCUUCAGAUGUCAGGAGUGCGCGACGACAAACUGGCCAUCUGGUUAGCCGGCAUCGCCACGCUGACCAACUUCCUCUUCACACUGCUGGGAGUGUGGUUGGUGGAGAGAGUGGGCCGCAGGAAGCUGACCCUGGGCAGCAUAGUGGGGACGUGCUUCAGUUUGAGUCUUUUAGCCACGGGUUUCCUCAUAUCGGCACAGCACAGCCCCCCCGUGACCUUUCACCCCUUAGAUCCUGCCAUGGCCAACUCUUCGUGCUCAAAGUACCAGCUGUGUGAGCCGUGCAUGCUGGACCCUGGCUGUGGCUUCUGUUACCGUGAGAACGGCUCUGCGCUCCUGGCCUCCUCCUGUGUUCCUGUCAAUAAGGCCUCCACCGAGCAGGCAGCGUGGGGCAGAUGCUCCAACUUCAGCCUCAUGAAGGAUCAGACCUACUGGGCCUACAACUACUGCCCCUCCUCCUACUCCUGGCUGGUUCUACUGGGUCUCGUGUUCUAUCUCGCAGCCUUCGCUCCAGGGAUGGGUCCGAUGCCCUGGACCAUCAACUCAGAGAUCUACCCUCUGUGGGCCCGCAGCACGGGGAACGCCUGCGCGGCAGGAGUCAACUGGACCUUCAACAUCCUGGUGUCUCUCACCUUCCUUCACCUGGCCCAGUACCUCACCUACUACGGAGCCUUCUUCCUCUACUCCAGUUUGGCCCUGCUGGGCUUCAUCUUCAUCUACGGUUGUCUGCCGGAGACCAAAGGCCGGCGUCUGGAGGAGAUCGAGGCUCUGUUUGAAAACCAGCUGUGCUCCUGCGGCGCCUCAGAUUCAGACGAAGGGCGGCAGAUCGAGUACAUUCGAGUCAAAGGUUCAAACUACCACCUGUCGGACAAUGACGCAUCUGACGUGGACUAACCAGAGUUCAGGGGUUGGUCAUUUCACUCUCCUUGAGUGUUUUGUCAGUUGUACAGGAACACGCAGAGGGUCAGGGUCGGUCAUGUUUCUUUGU